AUGGAGACCAACACAAGAACCAACAUAAGGACCAUCCAGCCAGGUCAAGUCUUUCCAAUUACACCAACUGGAGACGGACCAACACAAGGACCAACACAAGAACCAACACAAGGACCAACACAAGAACCAACAGAACCAACGCAAGGACCAACACAAGAACCAACACAAGGACCAACACAAGAACCAACAGAACCAACGCAAGGACCAACACAAGAACCAACACAAGGACCAACACAAGAACCAACUGAACCAACACAAGGACCAACACAAGGACCAACACAAAAACCAACACAAGGACCAACACAAGAACCAACACAAGGACCAACACAAGAACCAACACAAAGACCAACACAAGGACCAACACAAGAACCAACACAAGAACCAACACAAGGACCAACAAGAGAACCAACACAUGGACCAACACAAGAACCAACACAAGGACCAACACAAGGACCAACACAAGAACCAACACAAGGACCAACACAAGAACCAACAGAACCAACACAAGGACCAACACAAGAACCAACACAAGAACCAACUGAACCAACACAAGGACCAACACAAGGACCAACACAAGAACCAACACAAGGACCAACACAAGAACCAACACAAGGACCAACACAAGAACCAACACAAAGACCAACACAAGGACCAACACAAGAAACAACACAAGAACCAACACAAGGACCAACAAGAGAACCAACACAUGGACCAACACAAGAACCAACACAAGGACCAACACAAGAACCAACACAAGGACCAACACAAGAACCAACACAAGGACCAACACAAGGACCAACACAAGAACCAACACAAGAACCAACACAAGGACCAACAAAAGAACCAAUACAUGGACAAAAACAAGAACCAACACAAGGACCAACACAAGAACCAACACAAGGACCAACACAAGAACCAACACAAGGACCAACACAAGGACCAACACAAGGACCAACACAAGAACCAACACAAGGACCAACACAAGAACCAACACAAGGACCAACAAAAGAACCAACACAUGGACCAAAACAAGAAUAA